AGCGGACGGAGGGCAAGCGGGCACCGACGGGGCUCGCAGCCCCCCGGGGGUACCGGCGGGUCCGGCGGCGGCGGACGUGAAAGUCCCCUUUAAGUUUCCAUAGAGAGGCCUCCGGGUGUCACAUGAUGGACAUGAUAUAACGAAACAACAUCGUGGGGAGGGACGGAGGGAAGCAGUGGGGGAGCCCGGGGAGGCGUCGGGGGAGGUGGCGGUGCCCCCCGACCCGCCCGCCCCGGCUGCACCUGUCUCGGCGCGCCGGGAGCGCGGUGUCCGCCCCGCUGAUGGGGCUGCGGGCGGCACCUUCCCCCGGGGAGGAGGAGAAGGAGGAGGAGAAGGAGGCGAGACGGUGGCGGAGGUAAGUUACCGGCGGGACCGGGGCGGGGGGCGCGGGGUGCGGGCGCGGUGUGUGCGCGGAAGGGUUGCGGGGUGCGUGUGUGCGGGGUGUCCGCGCUCUCCCCGCGGAGCGCCGGGCGUGUGCGCGCCCUCCCGCCCUCCAUGUCCGCAUUCCAGCUCAUGUUGCGCAGAUAAAAUUCAAACUUGAGGUAAACACAAGCGGCGGGGGGGGGGCGGACGGGGAACUGGGGGGGAGGGAGGUUCGCUCCAUCCCGGCUCCAUCCCGGCUCCUGCCGCCCCCUCCCCGCCGCUCCUCCCGCUCCGCACCCGCGGAGCCCCCGCGCACCUGGGGGAGCGCCGGCAUCGCGGUGCUUCCACCGGGGAGGGAGAACCAAGCGUCCCUUUCUCCGCACCCCCGGUAGGAGCCGGCGGGUCGGGGACGGGGGGGGGGACGCAGCGCGGCAGGUUUUCUGUGACUGUUCCACGUCCUCCUGCUGCUGCUGCAGCCAACGUGGAUCCGAAUGCCGUGGCUACAAAGGCUUCUCACUGUCUCAUGCUGGGUCCCUCAAAUCCAGGAGCUACUUGGCAGUUUCCAAGGCAACCACCUGUGGAAUAAUUAAAAAGGAUGAAGUGUUAGCGUGCCACAUAUAAGGAAUUCUCGCCUGGAGAAAGCGUUUCACUUUCUUCCGUCUUGAAGAAUCAAAACGUGCUUCUGCCAGCAAAGUUAAGGUCCUGGUCUUGUUGAAUCCACACUGACUUCGCUGGAAAUAUCUCUUUGGAAAAAAAAGAAAAAGGAACGGUGGCUGAGUGGCACAAGUGAACCAGGACGACGCAAAAUAAAGUCAAAGAGGAAUGCUCAUUUUCCUAUUUUAAGAGUCUGAACCAGGAUUCUGGAAGUGUGUCCUCCUCCUGGCUCUCUGAGUGAAAUUCCAUGUUUAUGACAACAGGCAGAUUUAUGACCAGGUAUAUAUUGCACUGGGACUCCUGAGGAAUCAGCCAAGUGUUUCUUCAGGGAGAAGAAGAAAGGAACUCUUCAGCUGCCUGUUCUGAGACACUGCUUCAAGGAGAGCAAGAGCCCCUCACUGAAAUCCUCCCACGAUGCUGUGGCUGCUGCUGCUGCAGGUGUUGGCCAGCUGCCUCUGGCUGGGACACGGCGAGGUGGUGAAGUCCUUUGAAACUUCAUGUCCUCAGUUUUUUUUCCGGGAGAUCCCCCCAAAUGAAGCUCUGGAGCCACGGAACCCAACCUGGAUCUGCCAGCGCUACAAGAACCAGUAUUACUUUGCCACCCUGUACGACAGGAAGAUGCGUAUUCCUGUCUACUCUGCUUACAUCUACCAGCCUGGACCUGGCAAAAGACCUAAAACAUGGCUGGUUGAGCCCCAGCUGAUUGGCCCAACUUUUCCCAAAACUAUGGAAAAAGAGUGGACACUCUUAAAUCAAUACAAUGUCACCUUAGAGAAACUCAGCCAGAGCCAGGCUAUCCUUCAUGACUACAAGAACCUGACGGGUUUGAACCGGGGCCAUUUGAACCCCAAUGGCCACCACGACGACUACAGCAGCAGGAUGGCUACCUUCACCCUCACCAACAUAGUGCCCCAGGAUGAGAAACUCAAUGGCGGCGCCUGGAACAACUACGAGCAGCAAACUAUGAUCAGGAGGACCCAGGGCUGUAAAAUCACCUAUGCCAUUGUGGGUGCUGUGCCUGGGAACAACUACAUCGCCAAGGGGAGGGUUAAUAAACCCAGCCACCUCUGGUCAGCUGCCUGCUGUGUGGUGGACAACAACCACAUAAAGGCUUGGGCGGUCAUCGCUGAGAAUGACAAGAACCAGGUUGAGCUCCUCACCCUGGGGGAGCUGGAGGACACGUUAACUGAGCUGUAUGGGAGGGGACAGGUUUCCCUGUUUGACAGUGACUGUCCCCGGGAAUAAGCCUCACAUCCUGGGUGGAAUGGGGUCAGGAGCUUUUGCCACAUGUCAUAGAAUCACAGAAUGGUUUGGGUUUGAAGGAAUUUCAAAGACCAUCCAUGUAGUCUCAGCUCCUGAGCCAUGGGCAGAGACACCUUCCACUAUCCUUGGUGGCUCCAAGCCCUGUCCAACCUGGCUUUGAACACUUCCAGGGAUGGAGCAGCCACAACUUCUCUAGACAACCUAUGCCAGGGCCUCACCACCCUCACAGUAAAGAAUUUCUUCUUAACAUCUAAUGUAACCCCACCUGCUUUCAGUUUAAAGCCAUUCCCUCUUGUCCUGUCACUCCAUACCCUUGUCCAAAGUCCCUCUCUUCUUUGAAAGCCUUUAGACACUGGAAGGGGUCCAUGUUGUCCUUAGAGCCUUCUUUUCUCCAGGCUCCCUCAACCUCAGCUCUCUCACCCUCUUUCUGGAGCAGAUGUGCUCCAGCUCUUGGAGGAAGUCUGUGGCCUCCUGUGGACUCCACUCCAACAGCUUUGUCUCCUUCUCUUCUGUUGUGGAUCCCAGAGCUGGAGGUAGCACUGCAGGUGGGGUCUCACCAGAAUAGAAUAGAGAGGGACAAAUGGACUGUAGAAGGGAACAAGACAACCCAAGCCUCCCAAAGGCCUCUGAUUCAUUUCCAGGAAGGUCUGAGAGAGCAGACUUCACAUGAUACCUAAUUUCCAUUAGGAAGUGAGAAACCUGUCUUCAGUACAUUCUGCCACCUGCUUAUAGAGUAGUUUAGGGACUAACAUAACAAUUUCCAUGCCAAGUGUGUAAUUUACUAAUAAAACCUUGUGGAAUUUUA